AUGGAACCGGAUCGUCUGGUGCCGCAUGUGAUUGGUACAAAUGGUGACAAACUCAAUGCAAUUAUGUCACGUGCACGAUGUAGUAUCAGUUAUCGGAAUACGCAAUCAUUGGAGGAUAAAGACAAGACAGAUGCACAACAGAUGGAAUUUUCCAUGGCAUUUAUGAUCUCGGCCAAUACAGUGAAACGAGUGGAGGACGGGGUGUUGCUGUUACAAGCAGUAGUAGAGAGUACCGAACAGCAAUUGAGAAAGUAUCAAGGACGUGGAAAGAGAGAGGAACAGAUACAGGAGAAGACGAGGGAGAGGUGGGAGAAGAAAGAGAAGGACAGGUUUGUGGCAGAUGAUGAAAGAGAAGAGAUGUUGCAGGAGGAGGCAGACGAUGACACUGCAACGACAGCGGCAUCCAAAGCGUCGCCGAAUUGGAGGUAG